GUGUGUUUUUCCGACAUACAGCCAUCACUUCUCUCCUUUAGCAGCUUCUAGUAACUAGUCGGUAUGUCGGCGUGAGCAUAAAAAAAGAGUGAAGGGCGCAUUCCUCGAAGUGAACAUGAAGUCCUGGCGCCUCUGGAUCCUCCUCGCUGUAAUGACCGCUUGUCAGCAGCUGGCCACAUCUGCCACAUACGGCUGUUUGUUUGAUGGGGGUCUUUGCUCCAGUGGCCAGGUCUGUUGGGAUGAUGAGUUGUUUGGGCAGUGUCUUACACAGCAGCAAGAGAGAUUUCGCUACAGGGUGACUGCAGGCUUACUGGACAGACUACAAUCUUUACUGCAAAUGCUCAUGAGAAAAGGGCUGACCUGGCAGGAUGAAGCCACCCAGUCAGUUGUAGAUAAGGAACUUAGCAUGGUUGAGAAGAUCCCAGUGUCAUCUGUUGUGAAGAAUGCUCCUUCCUCCAAAUCUGGUGGAGGGCCAGCAGACCAGCUAAACCCCAAACUCCAGCGCUACAUGGACUACAUGAUUGUUGACCCUCCUCAGUCCUCCCUUCACAUGCAAAGCCUGGAACCUUAUACCUACCAAAAGUACGGUUACCAAGAUGAAGAAGAGCGCUCUUUAAACCUGGUGGAUGGGAACAUGUAUCCUUCAUCCUCCUCCAGAGUGACAAGGCCCCACCCUAAUGCUUUGGAUAAGGACACACAGCUGCUUCAGGAUCUCAUGUCUCUCCUGCUCUCCUCCCCUGCACAGUCCACCACUCGCCACCAGGUGGCGACACCCCUCUCCACUUCACCUUUCUUCCAGGAGCUGGACUUUCCACUGGAUUACAGAAAAGACUAUGUUUCCCAGGACAUGGGAGCCAGCAGCCAGGAACAGAAGAAGAAGCCCUCUAAAGGAUAUAGGCCUCAAGAUGAGGAUCCCACUCAGCAGAGUCUGAAUGAGCUACUACUGCAGCAUGGAUUUGAUCUGACUCAUUUGAACCCUGGAGAGAUGGAACGUCUCUUUACUGUCCUGGAUCUCCUGCAGAAUGAACCUCCAAUCCCACACAAUCCGGAUCAUACUGUUGAUUCAUCUGCUCCACAGAAACUGAUGAAGAUCACUGAGGGAGAAAUGACACAUAUGGUGGAAAAAGCUCCAGUACCAGCCAUGUCCUCAUCUUCCUCUUCUGCUCUCGAGGGUCCCAACAUUGGUGGAUCUUCACAGAGCAACGAUAUUAAAGAGGAGGCCAGUGCUGCUCCUGCAGCUUUGCUGAAACAGGAUAAAGGGUGGAAGGUAGAGGAAAAGGGGUGGAAAGGAGUCCCCAAUAAAACACCAGCAAAGAAUCAAACCAAAUACAAAGAAGAGUAUGGAUAUAUUGUAACAAACAAGAGUCCCCUAUCUCUGUUUGAUGGCAUUCAUCUUUUGGUGGCCCUGACUAAGAGGAUCCAUCUCACCAUUGGCUCUUUUAUCAACAUCAGCGUAGUAGGACCGGCUCUCACGUUCCAAGUUCGCCCAAACAGCCAGAACCUGUCCAAUGCUGAAGUGGCGGAGAAGGCUGUGGCUGAGAAGAACUUUCUAGAGUCUGAAACUGGUCUGAAUGUGCUCCAGGCAGGGGUUGGAGAGAAAAAUAAUGGGCUGCCAGUGGCAACACGUGUGCACAACAGCAGCCAGUGGGUGUUCCUUAUGUUUGUGGGUGUGGCUUGUGUGGGUGGGCUCUUAGUGGGCUCACUAACUAUCGCAUGCUUGCGUAGCCAUGCUCAACAACUGGCCUCCAGGAAGUUAGGCUUGGGUCCAGAGGCAGGCAGUGCCACACAUUAUGCAUACCAGGAUCUCUGUAGGCAGCACAUGGCUGCUAAAUCCUCCUCAGGAAGGCAAGAGAGUGGCGUCACUACAGGAGUGAGCGGGACAGGAGGAGCAGUAGGAGGAGCCGGAACAGAUACUUCGAGGGUCAGUAGUAUAUCAUCUCAGUUCAGUGAUGCCCCUCAGGCCAGUCCCAGCUCGCACAGCAGCACUCCCUCCUGGUGCGAGGAGCCAGCGCAGUCAAACAUGGACAUCUCCACUGGCCACAUGAUACUGGCAUAUAUGGAGGACCAUGUGAAGAAUAAGGAUCGCUUGCUGAAAGAGUGGGAGGCAUUGUGCUCCUACCAGGCAGAACCCAGCACUGUGUCUGUCGCUCAGAAUGAAUCCAACAUUAAGAAGAACCGCUGCCCUGAUGCAGUACCAUAUGAUCACUCACGGGUGAAACUGAAGGCCGAGGUUAAUCCCUCAAGAGCUGACUACAUUAACGCCAGCACCAUAAUUGAGCAUGACCCCAGAAUGCCAGCGUACAUUGCCACCCAAGGACCGCUCUCACAUACCAUCUCUGACUUUUGGCAGAUGGUCUGGGAGAAUGGCUGUACUGUGAUUGUGAUGAUGACCGCGCUUGUUGAGGAUGGAGAGAAGCAGUGUGAUCGCUACUGGCCUGAUGAGGGCUCAUCUCUCUACCACAUCUAUGAGGUGAACCUGGUUUCAGAGCACAUCUGGUGCAAUGAUUUCCUGGUACGGAGCUUCUACCUGAAAAAUGUGCAGACUCAAGAGACUCGCACUCUCACCCAGUUCCACUUUCUGAGCUGGCCUGCGCAGGGUAUACCAACCUCUACACGCCCUCUGUUGGAUUUCCGCAGGAAGGUAAAUAAAUGCUACCGAGGACGCUCCUGCCCAAUUAUUGUCCACUGCAGUGAUGGUACAGGCCGGACUGGAACAUACAUCUUGAUCGACAUGGUUCUGAACCGCAUGGCAAAAGGGGUGAAGGAAAUAGAUAUUGCUGCGACCCUGGAGCACAUUCGUGACCAGAGACCAGGAAUGGUGCGCACAAAGGACCAGUUUGAGUUUGCUCUGACUGCUGUGGCUGAAGAAGUUAACGCCAUUCUUAAAGCUCUUCCCCAGUGAGACCUAAGCGUAUACCUGAAAACCACACAGUCCAUACAAAAUACAUUCCUGCAUGAGCAACUACUACCUGGUUCUUACGUCCAUACCACUCCAGCAUGUAUUCACGUGCGUGCACACACACCUGUACAAGCAGCACUCAGCCUGUCUUCUUUCCUGAAGUAGCAAAGCACCUUACAUAAUUUCAUCUUCAGUUCUGCGAAAAUACAGAAUCUCUCUCUCUCUCACACACACACAGACAUUUUAUUUCAGGAAAUCAAACCCGUACCUUCAGAAUCACUUGGUAUUAAAAAUGGAACGAAUUGAGUAAUCCUCUAUUCCUUGCAUUCGCUCUGCCUCCAUUUCCUCGCUUGUAACCAUAGUGAUGGCUUUGUCCUGAUUUCACCUCAGCAGUGCAGGGAGUGUUUUUCCCAGGAUUAUCGUUUCUAGUUGCAUUAGUGGAUGAGAGGGGGAGUGGUUUAGGGACCCCAAGCUGAGAUCCCAUUCUGACCAAACUCCGGUUAAUUGUUUGAUGGAAAUAGGAUCCUACUGAAUAUGACCAAAUGCUUUUGCUUUGCUCUUCUGUCUUCUCUAGACAACCCUCCCCCUCGUCUCUCUUGUACAAUACUGAUCUUGAUUGUUCUUUUCUUCUUGCAUUCCAGCAUUAAAAAAAAAAGUAUAAAAAUAUAUAUAAUGUAUCUAAGCAAGAAAUUAAUUUUGUAUUUUGUGGUGAUUAAUAAAACAGUUGUGUAGUGA